AUGGCAAAAAGUUAUAAACAAUCUUCAUCAUUAUUAACCAGAUGCCUUCGUUCUAAUAAAACAAUUUCAACAUCUAUACCGAUUAGUAAUAGUCAUAUAAAAAUGAGUACACAUAUGUCAAAUACUUGUCUAUUAUCCUCAGUUGUAGAAGCUAUUCAAACUAUUGAUCAAAUGGUUCAAUCAGUAGAAAAUUCUAAUCAUAAACAACAAGGUGAUUCGAGUUGUUCAGAAAAAAUAAUGAAUAUUGAACAAAUCGAAGAAAUGCUUGUUAAAUGGACUCAUAUAGCUCAUUUUCUUAUGGAUACAUAUCAACAAAUGCAAAAUUUCAAUGAACAUUCACAGAAAAAUGAUAAAAUUCAAAAAAAUUGA